AUGGAUACAGGAUUUGGAGAUCCAACUCUCUCAAGCACACAGCUCAGACAAAAGGCAUUCAAUGUUAUUAAGAAUGCCGACAGGCCUUUGGCUAGCAUCAAAAUCGAGAAAUGGAUAAGAAACAAUGACUACGAACUUUGGAGUAAAGUUUCAAACAAGUGCAAAGAUUACGUACGAGUUAUUCUGAGCCAAACAAGAGGGGAUUUGAUUGCUAAAUUCAAAGCCCUUAAGCCUGUCGCAGGAAUCGAUAAGCGCUCAACUUUCUACGGAUUAUGCAGUAGAAAGUACCCAUCAGAUGCUUGGGCCACACUAUCAAAUAGUUCAAAACACAGAGUUAAAAAGAAUGACGAUGAUUCUUAUGAAGAUGGGGCUACUAAUUAG